GCUUUACUCACCUUAACAAAAUAAUCUAACAAUCUCACUCCUAAUUUUAUACUAUUCUAAACAUGAUGUUGUACACACUUUCCCAGCGUGUGAAGCAACAUGUUUUGUUUUUGCUUCAAAGACAAAACUGCAGCAGUUCUUAUCGCAUUUUUAAAUUUGAUUGUUGGAGUUAUGGGGAUUUUCUAUUUUACACCAAAGAUCUAUUAUGAAAAUAAUGAUUUGGAUAGUGACUAUUUAUGUUUCUCAGUAGUAACCUUAAUUGCCGCUGGAAGCCUAGCAAGUGCUUUAAUUUGGGAAAAACCUACACUGGUAACAGUCUAUCACGUAUUACAAAUUUCAGUCAUGUCGAUCUUCGUUGCCCAUGCUAUCUUUUUCAGAACGACCUUGAUUUUAUACUUUCAGCUACUGACGCCCUGUCUAGGUAAGUAUAUUUAUCAGUUCGAGAUCGGGAGUCACUGGACGUAAAUGGCAACAUUAAUAUACUGUUGUUCCCUGACUGUUGUGUAACUUAAGGCCUAGAUAACUGGCAACCAUGUGAAAUUCACAAACGACUCGUCAAAUAAACAAUUUGAGGCUAAAAAGUUUUGAAUAGCUUCUGUCUCCAUAAGUUUAUAAUUCACACUUUUCCUGGGUGCUCUCCACCGUGGCAUUUUCCAAGGUGGAUUUAACUUGUUACAUAGCUUUCCUACGGGAAAUAUUAAACGGUUCUGUUUAGUAACAAAAGAGCAACG